AUGAAAACACAUUUCGACAAGCUGAACACCGUCUUGAAACAGAAGGGUGAGGACGUCUAUGUGGUUGCAUUGGAGGCUAUGCGAUAUGUGGAACAAUUAUACAACAACAGUCUGACGUCUGUCACGUGGAACAAAACAGAACUUAAUAUGUUCCAAAACGUCAUAUAUCGUCAAGUUCAAAACUUAGAGUUAUGUGUCGUAGGUGGUGUUUGGGAAUCCUCUGGAAAUGGAUGGUCGGUUACUCUGAAAACAUACUUCAACAAGCUGAACACCGUCUUGAAAGAGAAGGAACACAGCGCAUGCGCAUGGGAGAUUGUGCGAAAGGAGAUUCGCGAAAACUUGGUGCAGUUCAAGAAAUUCAUUGACAGCAGAGUCAAGCUGUGAGGAGAACCAAAGAAUCAUCAUUGCAGACGUGACAUAUUCCUCAGGCUGGCUAACA